GCAGUGUUGUUGGUUUUGGCUGUGAAUAUUCAUCUACAAGUUAGAUUGGUUAACCCAUGAUUUGGAAGAUCUUAACCGUUUGUUCAGAAGCUUCAGCCAUGGCCUUCAAGGCCUGCAUCCUGAUCCUGCUCUUCCUUGCUGCUCUUCUCCAUACAGGUAUGCAAGAACAAUACUGUAAAACUUGUUCUCCGUCGCAGCUUAAUCUCAUCGAUCCUUGGAUCUUGCGUACCGUUGAUGUGUCCACAGGCCAUGCUGGUGGCGACCCUGGGCCGUGCAGCCUGGAGGACAUCCGCGUCUCAUCGGCGUUGACGGGGCGGCUGGUCCUGAAUGUGCCGGAGCACAGCGUGACGGUGGAGAACGCGUGCAAGUGCCCGCAGAGGGGCGUGGUGAUGUUCUGCAACCUCGGUGAGGUGAAAGCGGUGAUCUCGGACACGACCAAGCUCCGCCUGCUGAACCGGGAGCAAGGGCAGUGCCUCAUCAACAGCGGCUGGCCGAUCUUCAACGGCAAGCCGAUAACAUUCACCUACGCCUCGAAAACGCCUCUCGAGUUCACCCUCGAAAACGCCUCGCCGGAGUGUCGGGCGUGAUCGUAGCCUUUUUUUUUAGGCAAACACACGUAGCUUUGUUACUCGGAAGUAAGAAUGUUUACUGGUGCAGAAAUAGGGCCAUGGGGAUGAUCAAGCCAAAUAUGGCGUCCUAUACCCAAAAACGAUGUUUUGCUUUGCAAGGCUAUGCGCGCUCAUGAAUAAAAGGACAGUUAUCAAACGA